AUGUUUCUAUUGAAACUCUUGCUCUGCUUGCUUCUACCUACUAAUGCCAAUACUAUUCGACUACAGACUCCACAUCCGCUGCUGUCUCCUUCUGAGUCGAUGCAUCAGAUUGCCACCGAGUGCGACAAGUUGGAUGUUGGAACGCCUGACCUAUAUGGUGACUUCCACCUUGAAAAUUCCUUCUUGAGACAGUUUGAGGCUGAUCUUGCAGAAGAGUUUGGAAAAGAAGAUGCUGUAUUUCUGCCUAGCGGUGUAAUGGCUCAACAAAUUGCCUUGCUUGUUCACAGUAAAGAAAAGAAGAAGACCAGCUUUCUUUGCCACAAAACAAGUCAUCUAUUGAUCCACGAAAAGGAAGGAUACAGUGAACUAUGUGGACUGCAUGCUGUUGAUUUACCUCUUACAGAACAAAAAAUGGGCAUCAGUGGACCACCGCUUCUCUAUGAUCAUCUCCUGGAAGCCGAACUCGAUGAUAUUUGUACCCUAAUAAUUGAGCUACCACAUCGAGAAUUGGGAGGCAAGCUGACCCCGUGGAGUGACAUCAUGCAGAUGCAGCAUCUCAUGAAGGAGAAAGAUAUUUCCUUUCACUGUGAUGGAGCACGAAUCUUUGAAGCCAGUGUUGGGUACAAAAAGUCUGUUCGAGAACUUGCAAGCCCGUUCGAGUCCAUCUACUUUUCCUUCUACAAAGGUCUGGCAAGUCCCUAUGGAGGGGCCAUGUUGAUGGGAACGAAUUCGUUCUGUGAAGAGGCUAGAAUAUGGCUACGUCGAUUUGGAGGAAACCUCUAUUCCUUGCUACCAUAUAUCGUGGCGGGGAAGGCUGGGUAUCUCAAGUACGUCAAGGAUCAGUCGCACCCAACCCUGUCAUUCGGUGACAAACACCAAAAACUACUUCGUAUAACGGAUAGCAUUCAAAAGAAAGGGUUCGAGACGGUUGGGUGCUUCGAACCCGAAGUUCCAGAAGUUAACAUGGUACAUUGCUUUCUUCGUCUAUCGUCGAAGGAUUGUAUUGGAAUUCGUGAUGAAAUUGAAGACAAGUCGGGCGUUUCAAUCUUCCAUCGAAUAUCUGAACUAAAAGAAGGGGAUAAAGGGUGGGAUGAGGGUUAUCGAUGCAAAUUUGAGCUGUACAUGGGCCAAGCAAAUGGCUCUAUAGAAGAUGAAAUCUGGGUCAACACUUGGUCAGACUUUAUUCAUCUUGCGUCUGACAAAAAAUAG